CGGCUUUUGAAUUUCUUUUUAAUAAUUUUUCUUUUUGAUUCCAAACAACCAUUUUUUUCUUUCUUUUAAAAUAAUAUACCUAUUGAAAGAUGAAUUUGGAAGAACAUCUUGAAAACUUGGUACUAAAAGCGGCAAAAGACUUUGACCAGAUUGCAGGAAAGGAGCCUACAGUUACUGACGACAAUAACGCAUCAUUACCUAAUACUCUACUUGAUAAAGUAUUGACUGAACAAAAGGAAGAACGCGAUCGACUAUGGAAAGAACUUCACGAAUUAGAAGAACAAGAAAACGAUGCGAAUGAAGGUUAUACGUUUGAUGAAGAAGAAUUACCUCAAGAUAGAAAACAACUGGCGAUAUAUAUGUAUGAAGAACAAGAAUUACUUAGGGAACUUGCAAAGCAGGAACAACAUGUCAACAUGGUGAACUUUGAAAGCGGGAAGGUGAUACCAGAGUUACGAUUUCGACAAAGACUGAUGACAUCUAUCAAAGAAAUGAAGCAAUUACUUACAUUUUUACGCGAACAAGUGACAGAAGCUAAAGCCUUAUAUCAACAAGAAGAUCGAGGUUUGGAGGAAAGUCAACAACUUCAAGACGCAUUGACAGCAAAACUUACUGAAAUAGAAACCUUUGGGGCCCCCACUCUUUCAAUGAAUGUAAGAGAAAAGGUGAUGAAAGCCAGAACUCAAUAUCAAGCAACUAUGGAAAACCUAGUAGAUUUCUUGGAUGAAUAUUAUCCUCCUCAUCUUAUCGAUUCUGCUCAUCUUACUGAAGAUAAUAACCCUCAAAAUUUGUGUGAAUUGAAAUUUAUAUUGGAAGAUUUGAUGAAUCGUGCAGUACUUAGUCCAUCCAAUCCAUACAUUGAAUUAGAAGAUGGUACAUAUUGGUCUCCAUAUAUCGAAACUUUGGUGAAAGGUGGCAUUGCAGAACGUGAUCCAUCUAACUUUAGACGAUUACGACUAGUGGAUUUCCGAAUUUACUGAACAUAUGUUAGUUUGUAGAAGCUACAGCAGUAGUAGUAGUAGUUUUAUUGUAUAUUAUCCUUUACUAUUUUUUUUUUCGUUCAUCAUAAACUUUAUCUGUAUAUAUAUUAUCUAUUGUCUUUUUGCAUUCCUGUGGUUUGAUUUUGGUGAUCUCCGAUCUUUC